AUGUUAGCCACUCAAGUGGUAGUUCAAUUUAUUGGUAAAACAAAUCGACUGUGGCCUCAAGGAUUAGCAGGAGGAAGAGUGACCAAUUCAUUUCAUGAAAAGACACUUCAUGAACAAAAGAUUAUUUUGCAAUCAUUUCCCAAUAAUCCUAAACAAGAAGGCACAUUGCUGCCUGGCACACAUCGAUGGCCAUUUCAAUUCUUGUUGUCCAGUCAAUUAGUCGAGACAAUUGAAGAUCAAAUGGGACAAGUAUUUUACUAUGUUACAGCCACUGUCCAUCGUGUGGGUGUAGGAGCCACUAAACUUCGCUCUCGGUGUGAUAUACUCUUACUUCGUACACCUCAUGGAUCAGACACUGCAGAUAAUUCGCUCCCGACUACUUCUGUUACUUCAGAACGCAAGAUGGAUAUUUGUGACACCAACAUCUGCAUUGAAAAAUCAAGUGUUGCAGGUGGAACCCAGUUACCAAUCUCACUCACUAUUUCACCCAAUACAAAACAUGUCUAUAUUGAAUCCAUGACAGUUAUUCUUCAUGAAAAGAAGAUCUACAGACUACCUGAAACACAAGCACGUCGUUCAGAAGUUUAUGAUUAUAAAGUUGCCUUGUACUCGGUCCAUAGUGCUGCCGAUCCUGAUCUGAGGUCAAGCGGGCCAUCAUUAAAACCUCAAGAUAUCAAGCGAGCCUUUAAUAUUAAAAAUGCUCACAUCUCUUUAAACGAAGGCCCCUUUCAGUAUCGAUUGAUUUUCUCACUUCCAGAUUGUUUUCGACUAAAUCAUUCAACGACAUACCAUGAAAUCGACAUUCGACACACACUCAAGAUUCACAUCGAAUUGUCAUCCCCUGUACCGCAUUCAACAGAUGCGGUUCGAACAGACAUUUGUCUCGAGACACCGAUUACCAUUCUAGACUGUCGUUUGAAAGAUGAUUAUAACAAGCUGCCCUCUUAUGAGGAAGCUGUGUUGUAUGACACAUCUGUCGAUCAAGAAGAUGUAUCGAAAUCUACUGGAUUUUUAUUUGUCCUUGUUAUCUGGAAUACAAAAAGAAGCGGAACUGUACUCGUCGUGAUUGGAUCAAAUUUAGAACAGAACAACGACAGCCUUCAUUGGCCUCCUCAAGCACGACUAUUCCUCCUCCUCCUUCUUAUGAAUCAAUUAACAAAGAAUAACUGUAAAUAA